AUGAAAGAUCCGAGACCUGGAGAAGGAUGGGGUGGAGUGAUUCGAACCGAUCGAGAUCCAUACGGAGGUCUUACUAAAGCGUAUCGAAUGCCGUUGCCUGCUGAUGUGGAUGAGUUCAAAAUACCGGAUUUCUCAGUACUCCUGAAACUAGUGCACAAUCGAAGUGCUGACGACGCUUUAAAAAUCCUGAAGGAGAAGCAAACGUGGAAACUGAAAACAAAGCUGGGCAUCUACUCCCCCACGCCGCAGUACCAACCUCUGCAGUACAUCGAGGACAAGCCAUUCUGGCAGAGCAGCAAGUAUGUGAAGAGGAAGAUGAAGAAGUUCUAUGAGCAGCAAUACAAGAAGCGGCUGGAGCAGGACAAUAUCAACUUGAGAUACUUGCCGAGUGUGAAAGACCGUUUGGAACAAGCAGGUACCCAGCUCUUGGGCGGAAUCAAUGGCUUCAAGGUGCUGAAGAACAGUUUCAAGAAGCUCUCAUCCAUGACCGCAGAGGAGAUUCUGGAGGCUUGCAGUGACCAACGUACAUUGCGUUUGAGUGCAGCCAGCAAAGAUAUUCCAAUCGAUUGGCGGCCUGGCUACCAGACAGUGGCCAUUCGAGACAUGCAACUGAAGCACAUGAAGCGGGUCGAUGUUGUCAUUGAGGUGCGAGAUGCUCGGAUACCAUGGACAACCACACACCCAGAUGUCCCAGAAUGGGCACGGCCACGACCACGGGUCAUCGUCCUCACCAAAGCUGAUCUUGUACCACCUUCUGCCUUGGAGGAAACGGUUCGCUACAUCAAAGAGAGCGAGCGGGAUCGUGGAGUUCCAGUUGUUCCUGUAGAUGCGAUGCUGGGGACCUUUGGCAUUGAGGAGCUUCGCGAGGAGUUAUUGAAAGCUGGUGCCUACGUAAAUCGAAGGCGAAAACGCCAGGGAAUCAAUCCGCGUGCCAUUCGCACUAUGAUGAUUGGCUUCCCCAAUGUUGGGAAAUCUUCCAUCAUCAAUCGCCUCACUGGGCGGAAAGUGGCUGCGAAGGAUGCUAGACCUGGACUUACCAGACGGUUGACGUGGCACAGAAUCGGUGGAUUCAGGAACACAGAGCUCGAAUUCCUGGAUGCACCUGGCUUCAUUCCGGUGGGCUUUGGCAGAAGGUUCACCAAGGAGCAGCAGAUGCUUCUAUGCAUGUGCCGAAUCUUUGGUGAAAAGCAUGUGGACCGGCAGCAAACGGGCUACGAUCUCGUGUUUCGUUUGGGCAAGAUGUGGAAAGAAAAUCCCCACAUGGUCGAGGGAACUGUGUGGAGAGAGACGCAACGGAUCUAUGGUGUUGACUUCCAAAAGGCUCUCAGGUACGAGGGGCCAAUCCUCCCAAAUUUUGUACCAGUCAUGAACCCAGCUCCUUUCAUGGGGAAGUUGAUCAACGACUUCAACCGCGGUCGAUGGGGGCGUAUUCAGCUUGAAGCACCACCUCGAGCGCCUGUGAAUCUGAAGGACUACGGGCAUUUGCUGGAGGGAUCUGCGCAAACGCUGAAGCACUUGGAUGGUGGCAAAGUGAAAGGAAUGCUUGGUGCGGGGAAGCAACAGGCUUUGCGAGAGUUUGAGAGUGAAUCAAUGCAAGGUGAUGAUGCCAACCACGAAUGCAGUCAUUUCACCACGCGCUCCCGCUUCCCCUAUUCGUGGUGUUGGUGGACAGCUGCCGCCACUUGGUGCAGGCAGAACUUAGCACUGGCAGGCGAGUUGCUUGCUCAAACGAGCGCAAGCUCCUCAGACUUACAGUUGCAUCAAUGGCAAGAUGCCACUUUGAAGUCCAGAGAAUGGCGCCCGGGAACGGGGCAGUCCUCAGAACUCUGGUCCUGGACUUUGGAAAGUGCAGCGCUCGGUGCUCUGAGCCCAGAGGUCAGUGAUCAACUUGACAGUGACAGCAAAUUGAAAGGCUUUGAAAGGCUUUUCUGGGCUCUUGGUUCCAUAUGGUUCCAUAUGCUUCCCUCCCGUGAAGCCAUUUGGCCCGCAGCGAGCGGGGUAGAGUCGGAGCCUGGCAAGGCUCGAUAUUAUGCUGGCUAUCCAGGAUAUGGCUACGGUGGUGUGCCUGCCGGCUACAGCCCUUCUACGUCGUCGGGAAGGUCGGAACGCAUUAUUGUCACCGGCUGCAAGCACGAGACGGUCGGGGAUAUUGUCAGGGGUGAAUUCAACCUUCACAGUGACAACCAUGGCAAGCCAGUCUACAAGAAGAACGGACAGGUCAACGGCCUGGACGUGAUGCUGUACUUCUGGGAUGACCGGGAUGGCCCGGACUUCUGUGGCUGGUGGUUUGGUCCAAAGGUUGGUGGAGAUCAAGUCUGGGCCUACCAUUCAGAGAAAGCACCUACACCUCCUUUGAGUGGCUGGAAGGUACCUUACGACGGCCCAGUUGACAAUACUUUCAUCCUGCAGCCUGCGGCAGGCUAUGGGAAAGGAGCUACAGCUACUGCCCCGCAGUACCAGCCCGUUGCCUCUGGCAUGCCUCAGCCGGUGCCAUAUGGGUAUGGCCCCGCUCCUGCAUAUGGCCUGCCUCCAGUGUAUGGGUACGGCGUGCCCGGAUAUGAACCGCAGGCCGAGCGGAGAAGUCCGGAAAGAAAAAGAAAAGAGGACACCAAAGCCGACAGAAAGAAAAAGGAAGAGGAUGCAAAGCAGCGGCGGAAAAACGCUGAAGAAGAAAAGAAAGCCGCAGCAAAGCGAAAGGAAGAGGAGGCAAUAAGGAAGAAAGAGCAGGAACAAAAGCAAAAGGAAGAGGCAGCAAAGCAAAAGAAGGAUUUAGAAGAGAAACGAAGACAAGAGCAGAGGUCGACUUUGGCGAUCAGAAGGGUGAUUCAGAAAGUUAGACUAGCGUCGCCCGAGACCUUCGCGGAGGUUCAAAAGGAACUUCAGGAGAUCCUCGAGGUUGAGCUGGAAAACACUGGAAGCCAAAAAGAACGAAUCAAAGAGGAAAGUGGGAAGGGCUUGGAACAAGCUACUAAGAGAAUAGAUAGCAUCAAAGAGCAGCGGCAAAAAGAAUUGGACAAAAAGGAAGCUGAAGAGAAGAAACGCUUAGAGCAGCAGGCACGAACGGACGAGCUCUUGAAGGAGCUCAGUGAUCUCGUGGACGCUGCAGAAGCAUCGAUCGAAAGAUUGAAGGACCUUUCUGCUCCACUUUGUGACAAGAUCGAGGAUAGUGUGAAGGAGGUUGAGGCCUGUGCCUUGGCUGUUGAAGAGGCCGGCACGGAUGCCAAGAGUGCCACAAAGGCGUGCACCGACUUCAUUUUGGUGAAGGGCAACGACAUCAAGGAUCCAGCCUCAAGCCCACUCGUUCCGGGAAUCCAGACUCCUGGUGCUUCAGACACAAAGCAGGCAUUGGGAAAGCUCCUUCAGCGCAUCAAUGAGUGUGGUAAGACCGCGGAAGCUUUGAUCCAAGCUGCCAGAGGUGCCAAAGAGCAGGCUGUCCGCCGCGCCUCUGCCCGGCAGAAGACAAAGGAAAGAGAGGCUCUAUUUGCCAAAUAUGACCGUGACAAAGACCAGCUUCUGAGUCAGAUAGAGGUCAUAGCUUAUGCGAAGAAGGAGCUCUCUGUGAAUGUGGACAAGGUCCUCCUUGACAAGAUUUGGAGAUGUACGGUGGACGAAGAUGAAAAAGGCAUAAGUUUUGAGAAGAUGUACCUGCUCAAUUCCUCACUUGGCAUCGCCAGAGAGAUGCAAAGAAAUGAGCGCAGGAAAUCAGCCAGAAUAGCGAAGGAGAAGGUUCUGGCUGGGCUCAGGGAAAGGCUGAAGAACAAGGUCCGAGAGGUUGAGAAGGUCUAUUCUGACUUCGACAAGGAGAUGCGGGCAGCGGAAGCAGCUGUGCGCCCUUUGGCUUGGAAGGCUAAGACCUCAUCAGUCUCGGAAAUGGAAGAGCAUGCUAUUGAGUGCGAGCGCCUUGUCGAGGCCUGCAGGCGGACUGCUGACAAAGUAAAGCAGCGCGUCAAGACAAUUCCUUUCGGCUUCGACAAGAAGUACGAAGAGGACAUGACAGAGUUUUUCAGAAUAGAGUCCAAGCUCUUGGAGCUGCAGAUGGGUCGCGCAGACCUUCGCAUAGCUCGUGUGGAGAACCUGAGCAGACGCCACAAAGAGCAGGCUUGUCGCAAGGAAGCUCAAGCGAUUGAAAUGGUCAGAGCAUUUGGGAUGAAGGUUGUUCGUCAAUAUGCUCGGGUCAACAAGCUCACUUUUGAGGAAUUGUUUGGUCAUCUAGACGCAGAUGGUGAUGGUGCCAUAGAUGAGGAGGAGUUUGUCUCCUUUUUUGCCACAGUGGACAAGGAGAUUAACGAGGAGUUUGAGGUCGAAGAGGUGGAGAGGGUUGAGAAGGAGAAGGAAAUCGAGGAGUUUCCAGAGCUCAAUGACAUCGAGAUGGAGAAGGAAAAUGCUCUCGAAGUGCCAGAGACCUUGGAUGAGAAUCCAAUGGGUCAAAUCACAUUGGCUGCUGUGGCAGAGCAAGAUGAGGAAGCGGAACUCCGUCAGCAGUCCCUCGCUGCGAUCAUGCUUCAAGCCACACCAAAGCCGAAACCCAAACCCAAAAAGGUCGUGAAAGCAGAGCUAACACCCGAGGAACUGAAGAGUCUCUUUGCCAGCGUGCUUGAGCCGGCUGGACCGAUGAAGCUAUCCCCAGAGGUCUUCUCUCGGAUGGCAAAGGUCUACUACAAGGUUGUUAAGGAGACACCAAUGACUGAGAAGUUGGAAGUCAAUGGCAGCCAGACAGUCCAUCAGCUCAAGGUUGGGGAGAUUGUGGAGAUGCUCGAGGGGCCUGAAAAAGAGGUCUCCAUGAAGGUUUUCCGGGCCAAGGGCAAGGUGAUUGGCGAAGACAAGGAGGGCUGGGUCACCGUUGCUGGCAACCAGGGCACCAUUUUUCUGCAGGAAGGAGGUCAUUUGUGGAAGGUUCUGAGACAAACCGAGCUCUUCGAGUCUUUCGAGGAUGUUCCGCCAAAGGCCGGCAUCAGAAAGCUCAAAGAAGCAGAGGUGCUAGAAGUUCUUUCCUGGCCAACCAAACACGAAGAGCAGUGA